CCCUGUAUCUGCAAUGUAAUUAAAUUCUAUAAUAUAGAACUCUGAUCACUGGUGAAGAUCUCUGUAGAAAGAACAGCUAGCUAGCGCCUCUCUUCAAACCAAUCCUUAAACCCUGAGGCCCCCACCACAACCAAUUCCCUUCCUCCAUAUAGACUCGCCGCCCGCCAGCAAAAACGACUCAACUCAUACACUCAUUAUCAAAUCCUUAAGCCACGUGCGCUCUCCUUCAAUCUUAACCCGUCCACGUCUCUUUCUUGGUAACUCCACCUCACCGAGCUCGAACCCAAGCCCUGCUAUAUAAACCCCCUUCACCAGCAUCUUUAGUUUCAAAACUGAAUCACAGAAAUCCCAACAAACCUGUAUUCAUGUUGGAGAAUCCGACACAUCAUCAAUGCCUGAUUCCCCGAAAGAGUUGGUAAUAACUUGCAGUUGUCGCAGAAGAUCAAGAAACCUUGAUGAUCAAGAAAUGAACACUAUUUGCUCAUCCGUUGAUGCAGAAGAAUAUUCAAAGAGCAAGAAACGAAAUUCUUGCGAUCCUCAAUCACCGCCAGCAUCGGAAUUUGAAUCCAAGAACCGAACAGAUGGUACCUACAAAGGAAAAAAAGGAGUAAAUCGAGUAGGAAUAAUCAUGACUAGCGGCGGCGGUGGUGAUCAACGGAACGAUGAUGGUUUCGAUAGUUCGACAUGCGUGUCGCAUGGUUCGAUAUCGGUUAUCGGACGUAGGAGAGCUAUGGAAGAUGCUGUGAUGGUUGCACCAGGAGUUGCAGUUAUUGAGUUCGAUCAUGUUUAUGAUUUUUUCGCUGUUUAUGACGGACAUGGUGGAGCUAGGGUUUCGAAUGCAUGUAGGGAUAGGUUACAUCUUUUGGUUGCUAAAGAGGUGGAGGAGAAUGAUACGACUGAGACGGCUUUUGGUGAUAGGAAGGGACUGAGUUAUUGGGAGAAGGUGAUGGGGGUUUGUUUUAAGAAGAUGGAUGAUGAGGUGACUUGUGGUGGCCUGAGGGAUGCUGAUGAAGAGGGGUAUUUGUUGUCGGAGAAGACUGUCGGCUCAACUGCGGUGGUGGUUCUGGUGGGGAAGGAGGAGCUGGUGGUGGCUAAUUGUGGAGAUUCUAGAGCUGUUCUGUGUCGUGGGGGUGUUGCUGUGGCUUUGUCUACUGAUCAUAAGCCUGACCGUCAUGAUGAGCGACGUAGAGUGGAAGCAGCCGGUGGAAGAGUCCUAAACUGGAACGGUAGCCGGGUCCUAGGUGUUCUUGGUACUUCAAGAUCAAUAGGAGAUCAAUAUCUGAAGCCUUAUGUAAGCUCAGAACCGGAGGUGACAGUAGUCCAGCGAAUGGAGUCGGAUGAUUUUCUUGUAAUAGGAUCAGACGGUUUAUGGGAUGUGAUAUCCAAUGAAUUUGCUUGUGAAGUAGUGAAGAAAUGUUUUGGUGGGCAGAUAAAACACAGAACAUUUUUAGAUGAUUUUAAUGGAAGUUGGGCUGCAGAAGCGGCAGCAUUGCUGGCCGAAUUGGCGAUGGCGAAGGGAAGCAGAGAUAAUAUCAGUGUCAUAGUAGUUGAGCUCAAAAACACUCCAAAAUAGAUUAUAGUCUUUAUGUUUGUCAUAUGUUUUGUUUUAAGUUUUUAAUAUUUUGAGAGAUUUUGUACUUUGUUUUGUUUUUCUGGUGUUGAUGAAUCCUAUGAAUGAAUGUGGUGUUUGUAUAUAGGUUUGUUAUUACUACCAUUUGAUGCUAGUUAUACAAUAUGAGAUAGCUGUUUUUAUAAAUA